AUGGCAGCGAGCGGUGCGCGCCGAUGGGGGCUCGAUCAACUAUCAGUCCGUGGCAAGGUAGCUCUUGUAACGGGCGCCUCGUCGGGAAUCGGCCACGAUCUCGCGCUGUUCCUCGUGGCACGUGGAUGCCACGUGGUCGCCGCAGCUCGGCGCGUGGACCGCCUGGAUCAGCUGUGCGCGGAGGCGGAAGCAAUGCGCCGAGAAGCGGAAGAAUUGCGCCGAGAGGGGGAAGGGAUGCGCGGAGAGGCGGAGGGCAUGUGCGGAGAGGGGGAUGAUCCACGCAACGGGAGAAGCUCUGACUUAUCAAACCCGGUUGACGCUGGAGGGCGGGAACGGCGGGCCGUGGGAAAUGGUGACGUGACUCGGGAAUCAUCAGUCAGAGAUUCUGGACGGCCAGGAUCGCAUUUCAUUGUUGGAAACGAGAUGCCGGGGCGCAUGAGGGCUGUCGCGAUGGACGUCGCGGCGGACGAGGUGGCGGUAGAUGCGGCGGUGCAGGCGGCGUGGGACGCGUUCGGGCGGAUCGACGUGCUGGUGAACAACGCGGGGUUCCGAGGGAAAAAGGUGGACGCGAUCGACAUCAGCCAAUCAGAGUUCGACACGUCAUUCCACACCAACGUCCGAGGCGCUUGGCUUGUUUCCAAAGCUGUGGUUCGGCGCGUGCUGGGGCGGACAGGCGGGGGGGCGCGAGCGGGGGGAAGGACCAGCGAGGGGGCGCGACGGGAGGGGAGGGAGAUGGGGAAGGGGGGCAAAGGAACGGAGGGUAAGAAUGAAAGGGCACUUGAAGGGGGUAGUAACGGAAGCACCCGCACGGUUUUGAGUGUAAUCAACAUCGCAUCUACAGCCGGCAUUCCUGGUGCCAUUCUCCCCGGCGGUGCUGCCUACUCCUCCUCGAAAUCUGCUCUCAUGCGCCUCACCGUGGCUAUGGCGGUGGAGUUGGGGGAGCAUGGCAUCCGCUGCAACUGCAUCGCCCCGGGGAUAUUCCGUUCCGAGAUCACCGAGGCAAGAAUGGCCGGGGGAAGGGGUGGUGGUGGGUUGGGGGGUGGGUGGGGGGGAUGCUCACUCUGCUCUUCUCCUCCCUCCUCUCUCUCAUGCGGUUGUGCAUGUGUUCAGAAGCUCUUGGACAAGCCAUGGAUGGAGAGGAACGCACAGGUGGUGGUGCCAAUGCAGAGGUGGGGUUCCAUUCAUCCUGACCUCACAUCGCUGCUCCUGCUCCUCGCUUCUGACGCAUCUGCCUACAUCACAGGGCAGUGCAUUGCCGUGGACGGGGGACACCACUUGAUGCGAGCUAGGAAAGCUCCUGCACUUUUUCUCAUCUCACCUCCCUGCACCCCACCUCUCCGCAUCCCACCUCCCCGCAUCCCACCUCCCCACAUCCCACCUCCCCACAUCUCACCUCCCCACAUCCCACCUCCCCGCAUCCCACCUCCCCACAUCCCACCUCCCCCCACAUCCCACCUCCCCGCAUCCCACGUCCCCGCAUCACACCUCCCCGCAUCUCACCUCCCCGCAUCUCACCUCCCCACAUCGCGCCUCUAUCUUGAUCUGAGCAAUGCCAUCAGCACGGUUUGGGCCCACAGCUAG